AUGCUUGCAGUGGCUGCACCUGACCUCCUUGACCCAAAGGCUGCCGUCCACAACGCCAAGCCCCGCCUGUCGUUUUCCACAAAACCAGUGGUGCUGAACACUCCAGAGGAUGAUGAGUGCGACACCCGCACUACCGUCAUGAGGUGGAAGACUGUGUCAGCCAUCUUCUUCCUGGUGGUGCUGUAUCUCAUCAUCGGGGCAACGGUGUUCAGAGCCCUGGAGCAGCCUCACGAAACCAACCAGAAACUGGACAUUCUGGCGAAAAAGCUGGACUUUUUGGUGACGCACGCCUGCGUAAAUUCUUCUGAGCUGGAGAGUCUUGUCAAGGAAGUGGUUACAGCAGUUCGAGGAGGAGUGAAUCCAUCAGGACAUUUAUCCAAUCAAACCAGUCUAUGGGACCUCAGCUCCUCCUUUUUCUUUGCUGGGACAGUCAUCACCACAAUCGGGUUUGGAAACACCUCUCCCCACACAGAAGGCGGGCGGAUCUUCUGUAUAAUCUACGCUCUGCUGGGGAUUCCCUUGUUCGGAUUCUUGCUGGCUGGCGUCGGGGACCAGUUGGGAACUAUUUUUGGGAAGGGCAUUGCCAGAGUGGAGAAGAUGAUUGUGAAGUGGAAGGUCAGCCAGACGAAGAUCCGUGUCAUCUCGACCCUGCUCUUCAUCCUGUUCGGGUGCCUCAUCUUCGUGGCCCUGCCAGCUGUCAUCUUCAAGUACAUCGAAGACUGGAGCACGCUCGAGUCAGUCUACUUCGUCGUCAUAACCCUCACCACCAUCGGCUUCGGGGACUUUGUCGCGGGAUCAGAGAGUCUGGAGUAUUACUACAAGCCUGUGGUGUUGUUCUGGAUCCUGGUUGGCUUGGCGUACUUUGCUGCAGUUCUCAGCAUGAUCGGAGACUGGUUCAGAGUCAUCUCCAAGAAAACCAAAGAGGAGGUCGGUGAGUUUCGUGCGCAUGCAGCCGAGUGGACAGCAAAUGUAUCGGCGGAGUUCAAAGAGACCCGCAGGAGGCUCAGCGUCGACAUCUACGACCGGUUCCAGCGAGCUGCGUCCAUCAAACGCAAGCUGUCGUCCGAGCUGGGAAUUAACGCGACCAUGAACCAGGAAAUGACCCCUGGGAAGAGGACGCUGUCAGUCAACCUAUGCGAGGACAGAGAGGCUUACUCCAACAUGACACUUUCUCUCAGUCCGGUUCCAGGAGCUCUGAGCAGGAACGGAAGCUUCUGUUUGAACGGCCUGAGUCCAAACCACGCCGACAGACGGGAGAUUGCCAUCAUUGAAAACCUGAAAUGAGGAGCAUCUUCAAAAUGACUUUCAGUGGACGAAUUAUCUGGCGUGGGAGACUAAAAAUACGGUGCUUUGGUGCACAGCAAUUUACUAAAAACAAAUAAG